AGUUUCUCAUUGCAGGGUGAGAGCUCUGAGUUCCGGUGUAAGAGAAAAGAGACGUGGCGAAAUUGCUGUAUAUCUCUGCCCUAUAAGCACAUCUCUCAUUUAGACUGAAGGGAAACAAGGCAUCAAAAAGGCUGCGCAAACCAUGCAGGAUGAUUUACUGAUGGACAAAAGCAAAGCCCAGCCCCAGCAGCAGCGGCAGCAGCAGCAGCAAGAUCCAAACUCAGCAGAAGCCCCCUCUACACCCAUCUCAUCGGAGACACCCAAACCAGAAGACAACAAUUCAGUGACUAGUAUCGGCACAUCGGCUCCUUCCCAAAAUAGCAAGGAGAAGAUGCAGAUGGAGUCUCCCAUUUUGCCUGGCUUGAGCUUUCACCAGCCUCAACAAGAACCUGCAGCCGGCACCUCCUUGUCUCCCUCCUUUGGCAGCACCUGGUCUACCGGGACCACAAACACAGUGGAUGAUAGCUUUUUCCAAGGGAUUACUCCAGUGAAUGGGACAAUGCUUUUCCAGAAUUUUCCACACCAUGUCAACCCUGUAUUUGGUGGCACUUUCUCGCCUCAAAUUGGCCUAGCUCAGACUCAGCACCACCAACAUCAGCAGCAGCAGCAGCAGCAAGCUCAGCAGCAGCAGCAGCAACGGAGGUCACCUGUAAGCCCUAAUCAGGCACCUUUUGCCCAGAGAAAUGCUGCUUACAGCCAUCAGCCCAUCAUGACCAGCAAACCGUCUUCCUCCUCUGCCUCCUCUUCUUCCUCCUCCAGCUGGAAUAACCAUCAAAACGCAGCUUGGAGUACACCUUCCAACCCUUGGGGUGGGCUGCAGGCUGGUAGGGACCCUCGAAGGGCAGUUGGAGUGGGGGUCGGCGUGGGAGUGGGGGUCGGUGUACCCUCCCCCCUCAAUCCCAUCUCACCCCUUAAAAAACCAUUCUCCAGCAAUGUCAUUGCCCCUCCGAAGUUCCCACGGGCUGCACCCUUAACCCCCAAAUCCUGGAUGGAAGACAACGCGUUCAGGACGGACAACGGCAACAAUCUGUUGCCUUUUCAGGACCGGAAUAGGCCCUAUGACACUUUUAACUUGCACUCUUUGGAAAAUUCCUUAAUGGAUAUGAUAAGGACUGAUCAUGAACCUCUGAAAGGACGUAUGGGAAUAAACUUCCAUCAUCCAGGAACAGACAACAUCAUGGCUCUUAAUAGUCGGUCUUCACUUUUUCCUUUUGAAGAUGGCUUCCUAGACGACAGUCAUGGUGAUCAGUCUUUGUCAUCAGGUCUCAGCUCUCCAACACGCUGUCAGAAUGGUGAAAGAGUGGAACGCUAUUCUAGAAAGGUGUUUGUUGGAGGUCUUCCUCCUGACAUUGAUGAAGAUGAGAUCACUGCCAGCUUUCGUAGGUUUGGACCUCUCGUGGUGGACUGGCCUCACAAAGCUGAAAGCAAGUCCUAUUUUCCACCUAAAG